AUGGCACAGUUUAAAAAAACGAUAUUCUGGUACAUUCUAUUGGUUCUUCCCGCGAUAGUAUUAGGGGAUUUAGGGGAUUGUACUUGUGAUCCCGAGGAUGAAUACAGAAACAAAAAAGAAGCACUCAAGUACAAAAUGGCAGCACUCGCUUCUAUUUUGGUAGCGAGUUCCAUUGGUGUGAUUAUUCCUGUUCUGGGCAAGGCGAUUCCCGCUUUAAGCCCAGAGAGGAAUUUGUUCUUUAUAAUUAAAGCUUUUGCGGCUGGUGUGAUUUUAUCAACGGGGUUUAUACAUGUGCUUCCUGAUGCAUAUGGAAGUUUGACAUCGCCAUGUUUGGCAAAACAUCCAUGGGGAGAUUUCCCAUUUAGUGGAUUUAUUGCAAUGGUUUCUGCAUUGGCGACUCUGAUGGUGGAUACUUAUGCAAAUUCGUAUUAUAGUAAGAAAAAUUUGGAAAAUGGAGUGGCGGUGGCUCAGUCUGGAGAUGAAGGAGGAGUGGUUCAUCCUCACUCUCAUGGUUCAGGAUCAAUGAUGGUUGAUUCCAAGUCUGAACUCCUCCGUUACCGUGUUAUUUCUCAGGUUUUGGAACUUGGGAUAAUAGUGCACUCUGUGAUUAUUGGAAUAGCUUUGGGUGCUUCUGAAACUCCAAAAAACAUAAAGCCUCUAGUUGCUGCUUUGACUUUUCAUCAAUUUUUCGAAGGCUUGGGACUUGGUGGAUGCAUAGCUCAGGCAAAAUUGAAGAGUCGGACAAUCGCAAUAAUGACGUUAUUAUUCUCGCUCACAACUCCAAUUGGAAUAGGAAUCGGACUAGGAAUAACAAAUGUUUACGAUGAGAACAGUCCAACGGCUCUUAUUGUGGAAGGAGUAUUUAAUUCGGCAUCAGCUGGCAUUUUAAUUUAUAUGGCACUCGUUGAUUUUUUAGCUGCCGAUUUUAUGCAUCCAAGAAUGCAAAGCAAUGGAAAGCUUCAAUUAGGGGCCAAUUUCUCACUUCUUCUUGGUGCUGGACUCAUGUCUAUGUUAGCCAUAUGGGCUUAAUUGUUACCAAUAUAGGAGCUAGUAUUAUAAAAAAAUUUCACUUUUUUGCGUCUACUCUUGGCUAUUGGUUCUAUACAAUAUAUACAUAUAUACACACGAUUGUAAAUCUUUAUUUAAGCUACAUAAUAGUGCACCCUUAACUUACUUUCACUUGUUUUGUUUAUAUGAAAGAUUCUGCUUUCUAGUGUGCCUA